GACGAAAUAGUAGACAACUCUUUCUUUCAUUCCCUCUCGAUCGUUAUUGUGUUUGAUCAUAUCCCAAGCUGAGUUGAUCCGAGACAGAAUUGGAGGGAGCAAACUUCAAGACCAAGACCAAGAGGGUGGAGGAGAUGGAUAAAGUGAGAUCAUCGGCGCCCACCGCUUCCACGGCUACCGGCAGAAGAGGCAUUCCGGUGAUGUCUCGAAUCAAGAGGAAAUGCAUUUCCUUCUCUGCUUCCUUGCAAGAAGGUUUUCGAUAUUUCAAAGCCUUGCUGGUCGGUCAGGCUAAAAGGCUGGCUGCGAGGAAUGAAAAGGAAGCAAGCGAAGCUGACUUACAGGCCACGAAGAUGCAAAUUCAAGCGGCCGAUGCGGCUGAACAUACCAAAAAGAGACUCAAAAUGUAAAGGAAAAGAAAGGAAGAUCAAAAGAGCAUUAAUUUCUCUUGCAACAUUCAGCUUCAAGUCUACUCCACUCAAAAUCUGUAACUCCUCUCUCAUUUAUGCACUCUCUCUCUCUCUCUCUCUCUCUCUCUCUGCAAAUUUCUUGAAGGCGAAAGUGACAAGUAAACAGUAGU